AUGUCUGUUGGACCACAGAUUCCAGAGCACCUGCUUUCGAAGUAUCAAAUUCGGGAUCAAGAGGAUGCCGAAAAAGACGCACUAAUUGGCCCGCAACUACCAAGCAGUCUAAUAGAAACAGAGGGAAAAGUGUCAACACCACAAUCAAAUUCAAAUGUAUUGCAAGAGAAACCGACGGAGCCACUGUUAUCAAGCUCCUCAACUUUAGAACAUACUGUCGAGGAAGAUGAUCCAGAUGCCUAUUUACCAGCUCUUCCUCCAGACUUGCUGGAAGAGCGGCAAAAAAAUAAACAACGAGCUGGCAACGAUAAGGCGAUACGAUCAAAAGGUCCUAUUAUAGGACCAGCAAUGCCUCCCCCAGGAUACCUUGCCGAUCAAAAAGAAGACGAAGAGGAUGAAGAGGAUAUGGUGGGUCCCGUACUACCCAAGGGAUUUAUUCCCUAUGCAUACGAAGACGAAGUCGAUGAUAAGGUAGCGGAGAUAGAAGAGCGCGCAGCGAGAAUGCGUAAGCAACUAGAUCUGGAUAAUACUUCAGCCCAGGAUAAACCGUUGGAACGUGGAGAAUGGAUGCUUGUUCCACCGGAAGCGAGGUUUUUGGAUGGUUCAACGACUAAUAUGAAGUCAAGACAGUUUAAAAAGAUAAGUCGCGAUCCGUCACAGGAUAAUAACUCUCUGUGGACAGAAACUCCUGCCGAGAGAGAAAAGCGGAUAACUGACCAGAGUAAAAAGAGUCUAAAACGACAGCGGCCAAUUGCGGAUGAGGAACCAAGUUAUUCACAGAGAGAUUUGGAUAUUGCUCAACAGGUCCAUGAGUAUAAUGCUGAAUACCGUGGAAAAUCUCUACUGGAUUCUCAUACGGAAGAGUACUUAAAAUCUCGCAAAUGGCAAAAAGAAGACGUGAGCAAGCGUCCGUUUGAUCGUGAUCGUGAUGUACUAGGUAGUCGGCGGAUGGAUGCAAAAAAACGAGCGAAAAUCAUGGAAGAAGCCAAGGGAAUGGACUCUAAGUUUACGCAUGGACGGAGCGGGGCUUUCUUAUAA